AGUCUGUCUCACACCACAAGCUUUCCUCUCGUCGACGUGGCUCUUCCGCCGAUCGCUCCCCCGCUUUCCUUAUCCUCUUUCAUUUUCCCUUGUCAUUCUGUUCCCCGAACCCUUCUGUAUAUCUACACAUUUUCUCUUCUUAUAAUCUAUACAUAUAUCUACUAUAUCUAUAUAUACUCCGUCAAUGACCAUAUCUCAACCUCACGCUCUCCCUACCGUUUCUUCCGCUCGUUCCGUAACCCUAACCAAAUAUUUGAAUACAUGGAUUUCGUGUAAACAUUCCAGAACAUGUUAUUUUCACAAGAAGGUAGGUGCUGUGGGUUACCUAUUGUUUAAUACGGCGUGUUCACGGAAGAGAAGUCAGAUAAAUCUUUGUUUGUUAGGCGAUGGAACUCUUGGUCUUAGAUCCAGAUCCGUAGAUCCUCAAUUAUCCUGUUUGAAUCGUUACAAAUCAAGAAGAACAAGACAGUUUAUGUUGUUUGCUUCUGCUGAUGAUGGUGUAACAGUUAAUGGGAAUCCUCAAGCAAGUACUAGUGGUGAUGAUGAAGAAAUGAGGGUCAAGAUUGACGAUACAAUGCAAAAUGAAGAAUAUAACAGUGCGCUUAUCCAAUCGUUGCAUGAUGCUGCAAGGGUAUAUGAGCUUGCCAUUAGAGAGCAGAGUUCCGCAUCCAAGUUAUCAUGGUUCUCAACCGCCUGGCUUGGUAUAGAUCAAACUGCUUGGGUGAAGGCCCUAUCUUAUCAGGCCUCAGUGUAUUCGUUACUUUUAGCAGCUUGUGAGAUUUCAUCUCGUGGAGACAGAAGAGACCGAGACAUCAAUGUUUUUGUUCAGAGGAGCCUAUCUCGUCAUUCUGCUUCCUUAGAAAGUGUAAUCCGGGAUGCACUAUCUGACAAACAGCCUGAACUUUAUGAUUGGUUUUGGUCUGAGCAAGUUCCAUCUGUAGUGUCCAGUUUUGUCAACUAUUUUGAGAAGGAUCAACGAUUUGCAGCUGCUACCGGAGUGAUUAGAAAAGGAAUGUCCUUGAGCUCAGGGGAUGCAAGUGACAGAUCUUUGCUCUUGUUUGCGUUGAGUUGUGUUGCUGCCAUCACAAAACUAGGUCCUACUAAAGUUGCUUGCACACAGUUUUACUCUGUUCUUCCUGAGAUAACUGGUCGACUGAUGGACAUGCUGGUUGAAUUUGUUCCUAUCCGCAAAGCUUAUAGCUCCAUAAAAGAGAUUGGUCUACGCAGAGAAUUUCUGGUUCACUUUGGACCUCGAGCCGCAGCAUGUAGAGUGAGAGAUGAUCAAGGUCCUGAAGAAGUUUUAUUUUGGGUUAGCCUUGUACAAAAGCAGCUACAGCGAGCUAUUGAUAGAGAGAGAAUAUGGUCAAGACUGACAACUUGUGAAAGCAUUGAGGUCUUGGAUAAGGAUUUGGCUAUUUUUGGAUUCUUCAUUGCUUUAGGAAGGAGGACACAGUUGUACUUAUCUGCAAAUAACUUUGAAGAGGUUCCUAAACCCAUUCAAAGCUUGAUCAGGUAUCUUAUUGGUGGGAGUGUGCUGUACUAUCCUCAGCUUGCAUCAAUAAGCUCUUAUCAACUGUAUGUGGAGGUUGUAUGCGAAGAGUUGGAUUGGCUUCCAUUCUAUCCAGGUGACAUUGACACUAAAAAAGGUUCCCAUGGCCAUAAAAGUAAACAAGGUCCUCCAAAUGAGGAAGCUAUCCCCGUUGUUUUAGAUGUUUGUUCGCACUGGAUUCAGAGCUUUAUCAAAUAUAGUAAGUGGCUUGAGAAUCCUUCUAACGUCAAGGCUGCAAGAUUCCUUUCUAGAGGGCACAACAUCUUACAGGAGUCUAUGGAAGAAUUAGGCAUACCCAAGAGGCAAGUGAUUGAAAGCAGUACUACAAGUGCGUUGGAGAUUGUUCGCUCAGGAGGUUACGCUCCAUUGAAAAAAGAAUUGGAUUCUUUUGACAAGGCAUUGGAAAGUGUUGAUGAAGCCCUUAUAAGGCUUGAAGAGUUACUUCAAGAGUUGCAUGUAUCUAACUCCAAUUCUGGAAAGGAACAUUUAAAAGCUGCAUGUUCUGACCUUGAGAAGAUGAGGAAACUUAAAAAAGAAGCUGAAUUUCUGGAGGCAUCUUUUAGAGCCAAAGCAGCUUCCCUUCGGCAGGGAACUGAUGAUGGUCGCUCAGAAUCUUCUGCUAAGAACAAAAGGAAAUCUGAUAGAGGCAAUAUAGACAUGGAUGUAUCCAGCAGUAAACCUGAUGGCUUAUGGAAUUUUCUGCUACCUCGUCCAACCCCAUCUGCCGACCUCCAGUCAGAAACUGUCUACAGAAAUGAUGAUACAAGUGUACUAGAAUCAAAUGAGAUCCAGCGGUUUGAGUUAUUAAGAAACGAGCUUAUAGAACUUGAAAGGCGAGUCGAAAGAAGUGCAAAACGCUCUGAGAAUGAAGAGGAGGAUAUUAAAAUGACUGGUGAUCCUGGCAUUUAUUCUAAAGAUGCUAAAGGGAUUCAACUGGUUAAGACUGAGGAGAAAGACAAUAUCAUUGAAAGGUCCAUAAGCAAGUUCAAAGGAACUACCACGGAUGUGUUGCAGGGUACCCAACUUCUGGCCAUAGAUGUUGCUGCAGCUACUGGAUUACUUAGAAGGGUUGUUAUAGGGGAUGAACUGACUGACAAAGAGAAACAAGCUCUUCGAAGAACUUUAACCGAUCUGGCAUCAGUAGUUCCAAUUGGCAUUCUCAUGCUACUACCUGUCACUGCAGUGGGUCAUGCAGCGAUGUUGGCUGCUAUUCAAAGAUACGUACCAUCACUGAUACCAUCCACAUAUGGACCUGAAAGGCUGGAUCUUUUGAGGCAGCUUGAAAAGGUUAAGGAAAUGGAGACCACAGAGUCGACCCUCACUGAGUCUGCCGAUUGAACACUGCCUGGAUGGAAGCAUUCCUAGAAAAAACGUCUAACUGUCAAGUGAACUGAUUAUACCCAAACAACAAGAUCUAACCAAGUACCACAUAUUCACCUUGACUUGGUUAUGCAUCCGUUGGAUAAUAGUACGGAUAUCCCAGGCGAUAUAUACACAUGAUUCAGUUUCCCGGGUUUGUUGCAGUCUGGUUCUCGUGCUGCAACUAACUUUGUUUUCUUGGUCUAUACACGGCAACUAGAACAAUUUUAUGUAAAUUUAUAGAUAAAUUGUUGAAAGCUUUCAAGUUAUUUACAACAUAGUUAUAAUGAUGGAUAGCAAGUUAGCAGCUUACGGAAACAUCUCUUUCUAGUUUUCUAUUGUUCAAUAGCGAGUUUCUCGUGUUAUAAAGAUGCAAUGAAAGUUGUUUGUUCUUCUAAGAAAGAAAAGUUUGUAUUAAAGAAUAUACUUUGUAGUUGUGA